UGGACCAAGGCUGUUUCAGAGCUGAGUGCAUAUUAAAGGGGGGAGAAAUCACCCCUGUUUUUUUAAGAGGUUUGGUUUAGUCCAGGCCUCUGUAGAUUGCGCUUUAGUGCUGGAGGUUGCUAGAAUGUGCCUUUUGCAGGAAGGGAGGGGGAUCCGUAUGAUUAAUAGAGCUGCUGUGCAGGAUUACACAAUUACAGCAGUGCAAGACGUUUCAUCCAAACAGACGGAGACGAGCAUCUCUUUAUUGGCAACAAGUCUGCGGAAUAGACACAAGAGAUAGAGUGAAUAAAUACAGAAGAACUAUACCACACACUGGACGAUUGAUUUAAAUAGACGUUUAUCAUGACUCAAGGCAAGCUUACAGUGCUAAACAAGUCGAACGAAGGCUCACCACUGCCUCCUCCACCUCCAAGCUAUGAUGAGGCGACUGCAGGUGGAAGCCCUAGUUACAGUGGAACGUAUCCUGAGGGCGAAAUGUUCAUAGAGUACUGCUGGGAUGACCUGAACAUACGCCGGACAUUUAUACGGAAGGUCUAUGCCAUCCUGGCACUCCAGCUCUCUGUCACCCUGGCCAUUGUGUCUAUCUUCAUUUUCUGUGAACCAAUAAAGGACUAUAUUCAGGCUAAUCCUGGAUGGUACUGGGCAGCAUAUGCAGUGUUCGCUGUAACCUACAUAACGCUGUCCUGCUGUGCUGGACCGAGGAGGCAGUUUCCAUGGAACCUGAUUCUGUUGGCCAUCUUUACUCUGUCUCUUUCAUAUAUGACGGGAAUGUUGUCCAGUUACUACAAUACCAAGUCUGUGAUGAUCUGUUUGGGUAUUACAGUCCUGGUCUGUCUGAGUGUCUCAGUUUUUAGCUUUCAGACAAAGAUUGAUGUGACCUCAUGUCACGGUGUGCUGUUUGUCAUGUGCAGCUCAUUCUUCAUAUGUGGACUGGUCCUGGCUUUUAUUCUUCCUUUUGGCCAUGUUCCUUGGAUGCAGGCUGUGUUUGCUGGGAUGGGAGCAGUACUGUUCAGCAUGUUUCUGGCAUUCGACACACAGCUCCUGAUCGGAAAAAAGCGCUACAAUAUAAGCCCAGAGGAGUACGUCUUUGCCACACUCAAUAUCUAUCUGGACAUUGUCUACAUCUUCUCCUUUUUCCUCCAGAUUUUUGGAAAUCAGAGAGAGUGAGCUGAGCUUAAGUCGGCUCUCCUAAUUAAUGCAUUUCCAGGGCUGUAUGCAAUGUGAAGUUACAUCUCACCCUGUUGUACUUUGGAAUGAUUUGCCAUCCUGUGAGGACCACAGUGUGCAUUGUUCAUUGCUUUGCAUUAGAAAUUCAUAUCACUCUGGAAUUCUCAAGAUAAUCUCUAUCGAACGGAUCUGUAGUUUGUUUGUGUGAUUAGAAUAGAAAACUUGUUUAUCCAGAGCUCACUUAGAAACUCACUAGGAACAGCUACGGUGUUAUGUUCAGAAAUAUUUAGAAUGCAUGAUUAUAUAACGCAAAGUCAAAACUAGCAUUUACACUAACGUUAAAAUGUAUUAGGAAAGGAAACAUGGGAGAAGGUCUUAGCAAAACUGUUAUGUAGUUUUAGUCAACUCUCCAAUACCGGAGCAAAUCUGGUUUGUUUUCUAAUGGUAUUCCAUGUGCCAUCAGGCUGAAACUCGGGUCCUUUCAUGUUUGUGUAUAUGCAGAAACACGUAAUCACAAAUUUUGAUUUAGAACAAAUCCCUUUCACUGAAUAAUUCACAAAGGCAUUCAACCAAAAUGUUCCACAUAAACAGCCCUAAAACAUAUAUAAGUACAUAACUUACCAUAGCAAAGCUAUAUGAGUGAGUGGUACUACUACUACUACUACUAAUAAUAAUAAUAAUAAUAAUAAUAAUGAUAAUAUUAAUGUUUUAUUUAUGCUGCAUUUUUUAUUUUUGUUAUCUUAAACUGUUAUUGAGUAAAAAUGAUGCAUAAGAUAAAUUAUGUAAAAAAAAAAAUAAAAAAAAAAGUGAAGUAUUUUAAAGGCCUUAAAAUGAUGCUAAAAUAUGAAAAUGUAUACGAAGAUACUACAAAUGGCAUAAUAAAAUUUAUUUAACUGCAUCUUGCAUUAAAAAGACACAACAGUGCUAAUUAAUAGGUCAUAAAAUAUUAAAGGAUGCGCUGUUGCAAAACCACUCAGUUAAAAGUAAGCCAUUUUAAAAAAAAACAACGUUUUUUUAAAUACUCUCUUAAGCAAAAUUGCAGUAUGGCAGAAACAAUCUCAAAUCUGAAAGAAUUAGCAGUUAUCGAUUUGCUCCACUACAUCAGAGAAAAUUGUAUUUGUAAAUUGAUAAACUGUUCUAGCUACGAGUAGUCCACAAAUUGGAUAUUUAACAAAUGCAUAAAAAAGUAAAAAAAAAAAAAUACUCAAUCAGUUAUGAUAAUUAAAGCCUCCAUUGCUGCUGUUGUAUUUGAACUUUUUGUAAUAAGAAAAACUGUGAGCUUCACAAGAUGCCGAUACCUUCCCAAUGCUGCAUCGUGAGGUGACCGUGUUCCCUGUAGCCUUUUAUCUCUGUUUAAUCCCUAUUUCUAGUUCGAAUGAUCAUGUCCUCUCAGUGUUUUAUUGUAAUGUUUCAUCCUUGAGCUAAGCUUCUCUCCUGCUCCAGUGUGCGUUCCAUGUCUUUUUCCUGUAGAUCUGAAGUAUCAUGUAGAGAACUACAGCUAUGAAGGAUAGAUGCUAUUUAAAUACAAGUGUGUGUGACAAAAGAAAAAUGUUACAUGCAUACUUAGACAGUGCCAGUAUUUUAUUUAUACACUUGAAUGUAUAGAACCAUCAUAACUAGGUGAAAAUCUUUAGACUGAAGCUGUAUUUCCCCCUUGAUAAAGGGCCCAAGGUGCACGACAGCAUGUGUAUACAUCAUUUCUAUAAAAUGUAUUUUGUGGAGGUUGUUUGCAAAGCUAAUGUAUGUUUUCUAAAGCCUAUUCAGCACGUGUUUUGCAGUCUUUCACUUUCGCUCACCGGUGAAUAUGUCUCUGUUUUACCUGCAGUGGUUUCUACAGAUGUUUUCUCACUGUCAGUAUCGGCAAUGGACUCAUUAGCAUGAAAUGAUUUAUUUAUGAUAUACUUUCUCAGCGAUGUAAGAUUUUUAUGUGAACUAAAAUCUGAUUUUUUUAUUAUUUGUAUUUUUAAAAAAAGUCUGUAGUGAGGGAUCUUGACUAUACGCAGUGGUUUUUACUUAGAAUUAGACAUAGAGAUGUUUAGAAAUGUUUCAAACAAAUUACAAAAGUAGUUUUGAUGGUAUGAUUAUUUUUGAUAGAAAGCAACAGACGAAUUGUGAAAUGUGAUGUAAAUAAUAUAAUUAAAUGUUCAUCAUGCAUAUAAUCCUGAUCUCUGAGACACAAAUAAAUAACUCCAAACAGG